UACUCGACAUGAAAAUCUCGCUCAUCGCUAUCGUCCUCACUGUGGGCUGUGUCGUCUCCGGCCAGAUUGGAUGGAAUUACUAUCCAGCACCUUCAUUUCCCUAUUCUGUUGAAUUAGCGGAUGGCAUCCGGAAGGAAGAUACCUCAUGUUUUAGAGAAAUGGAAGCCACAUCUAAACGUCUGCGAGAAGCUACUAUUGAUAUAGGCAUCUUAAAAGGCAAAUUAAAUGCUUUGGAAAAGAAAUCCUUACGUCUAGCUGAACAGAUAGUUGAUAAUCAGAUGUGGACAACAAAAAAAUUUGAUGAAACUUCACAACAGUCUAAAGAAAUGUCGUACCGUUUAGAAGACACGAAAGCCAUGGUUCUAAAUUUAAUUGUUUACGUCAAAGAGAUGCUCGCAAAUAAAGGGGAGGAUUCCAACAGCAUCGAUAUUGGGAGGAUGCCUUCUUCCUGCACGGAUCUCGCGCUGAUUGGACACACCAACAGCGGAUUGUAUUCCGUCAUGGGAUCUAAAAGCAUUCAAACUGUCUACUGCGAUUUCACCAAACAAAUGAACGACUCCGAUUUUCAGAAAUUCUUGGGAUACGUUGACGUCAAAUCAACGCCUACCUUUUUCCACGUGCAGAAAAAUACCUCGUUCUCUUACGUCGGCGUUCCCAUUCCCUUCGACAUUGUCAUCGCCAAUGUCGGCAAGGCGAUGAACGCGGCCACGGGAAUAUUCACGGCCCCGCAAUCGGGAACGUAUUCCUUUUCAUUCGCCGGAUUGGCUCAAUUUCAAUCGUCUUCUGAUCCCGCAGACUUAGAAAUUCGCCUCUUCAUAAACGACGAAAGGAUGGCGUCCAGUUACGCCACAAAGGCCAGUUCUUGGCCCAGCACGUCCAAAGAUCAAUUCAAUCAAAUCGCGUUGCAAUCGACGUUGAAUCUCAAAGCGGCCGAUGACGUUUGGUUAGAGAUUUAUUCGCAUGGAAUCGGAGUGUCUCUGCACGACGCUGCUGAUUGGCAUCACACUCAUUUCACAGGUUUGCUAGUGGAGGAAGAGCUUGUUUAG